AUGGAAUCUGCGAACGAGGCCAGACAGCAGCUGGAGGAGUUCAAGCUGAGCCAGGAGGCGAGCAAGGAGGCCACUGGAGAGCAGGAGACCGACAGCGGCGCGGAGAAAGCAGCGGAAGCGGCAGAAGCGGCGGCGGCCUCCGCGGCGGCGGCUUCCGCCGCGGCGGAGGAGAAGCUGGCGGCCAAGGACACGGAGAUGGACGAGCUGCGCCGACGCCUGGAGGAGGCCACGGAGCACCUGGAGCAGACCCAGACCGCCCUGAGCCGCACGCAGCUAGAGUGCCACUCCGCGCAGGCCGCUGCCCACGAAGCGCAGGAGGCUUGCCAGGAGGCCAAGUCCAAGGUGGACCUGAGCGCAGAGGAGGAGAAGGCCCGGGCCGAUGAGGCGGAGGAGGCCCUCGCGAAGGCGAAGCAGGAGUUGGAGGAAGCCAAAGCCGAGGUCUUGGAGCUGGAGACGCAGGUGGACAGCUCUGGUAAGGAGCUGGAGGUCGUGAAGUCCACCAGCGAGGCUGCCAAGAAGAAGGAGACCACACUGACGCAGGAACUGGAUGCUGCCAAGAAGGAAGCGGAGCAGCAAGUGCAGGCUUUGAAGCAGGAGCUGGAGCAGACCAGCGAGCGCCUAAGCGCGGCUCAGGCACAGGCCCAGGAGAAGGAACAGGAGUUGCAGCGCCUGCAGGCGGAGCUGGGAACCCAUAAGGAGCAAGCGGAGGCUCACGGCAAGCGAGCGGAGGCCUGA